AAAUGGCGACAUCUUCUCCAAAUCCCUCACCUUUAUUUCCUCCUCGUCUCCUCCUCCUCCGCUCUCUCCUCCCGCGUCUAAACCCUAACCCUACCGCAGCCGCCCUCCAUGGCCGCCGACUACCGCACACCCGACCGCCUCCUCUCCGCCGCCGCCCCCGGCGAGGAGCAGGCGCAGGAUCCGCCCAAGCCGGUGCUCGCCGUCGCCGCGACCCAUGACGGCCUCCGGUUCUGGCAGUACAUGCUCGCCGGCUCCGUCGCCGGCGUCGUCGAGCACACCGCGAUGUUCCCCGUCGACACGCUCAAGACGCACAUGCAGGCCGGGGCGCCGCCCUGCCGCCCGGUCCUGUCGCUGGGGGCGGUGCUGCGCGCCGCCGUGUCCGGCGAGGGCGGCGUCAGGGCGCUGUACCGCGGCCUCCCCGCGAUGGCGCUCGGCGCCGGCCCCGCCCACGCCGUCUACUUCUCCGUCUACGAGUUCGCCAAGUCGCGGCUCUCCGAACGCCUGGGCCCCAACAACCCCGCCGCGCACGCCGCAUCGGGGGUGCUCGCCACCAUCGCCAGCGACGCCGUGUUCACCCCGAUGGACACCGUCAAGCAGCGGCUGCAGCUCACGAGCAGCCCGUACACGGGCGUCUCGCACUGCGUCCGGACCGUGCUCCGUGACGAGGGCCUCGGCGCGUUCUUCGCGUCCUACCGGACCACGGUGGUGAUGAACGCGCCGUACACGGCGGUACACUUCGCUACCUAUGAGGCGGCGAAGCGGAUGCUCGGGGACAUGGCCACCAACGAGGAUUCGCUCGCCGUGCACGCCACCGCCGGAGCCGCAGCCGGCGCGCUCGCGGCUGCAGUCACAACGCCGCUCGACGUUGUCAAGACUCAGCUGCAGUGUCAGGGUGUGUGCGGCUGUGAGCGCUUCUCAAGUAGCUCAAUAGGUGAUGUAUUCAGAACAAUCAUAAAGCGUGAUGGAUAUGCUGGGCUUAUGAGAGGAUGGAAGCCAAGAAUGCUGUUCCACGCACCUGCAGCUGCUAUCUGCUGGUCGACGUACGAGGCCUCAAAGUCGUUCUUCGAAAGAUUCAACGAGAAAAGAAGGAAAUAAUCUGAACAUUCAAGGCUCAAAGCCCAUGUAUUUUCUUGAAGUCAAUGUACUUCUAUACUGCACCAUACAUCCUCAGCUGACAGAACGAAGCAGCCCCCAAGAUGCUGUUGUGGUGAUGCAGGCCUGCUAGUGAUCCAUGUGGAAUGAUGUACUGUGCAUCAAAACAUGUCCAAAGAUAGAUCUCUGUACCUUGUAUUUCAUUUCAGCCAAGUUAAUGUAUUAUUUUGCCUGCUGGGUCCAGAUAAUAAUUACAAGGAUAAUUUUUGCCCAAAUUUGAUCAGAAUCACUCAGUGUACUGUAUCCUUUUGUGGCCGUCCUUGUGCCAGAUUAUUGAUAAAAAUGAGAUUUUUGUUUUGCUAUGA